AUGAAGUCGAUAUACAGAUCCAUCUAUCCAAGAUCAAUAAUAAGACCAUUAUCUCUCCGCCCAUACCAUGGGCUACUCACGCGUCAUUCCCCCUGGAAAGGCCUGUCAAGGACACAGCAAUCCCGCUUAACAUCCACCACCAACCCAGCCAUCCAACCAGACCAUCACUAUCUCUUCAGCUACACCAGCGGCCGCUGGCUCUGGAACGAGCCCCAGCGCCUGCUGGAACGCUACACCCCGUUCAACGUCCCAGAGCUCCAGGCCAUCGCAGCAGCUUCCAUCAACGCGAAACACUGCACAUCCAUCACCAAAAUCGGCGAAGGCAGCUCCCACAAAGCCUUUCGCUUGGUAAUGGAUGAUGGACGGGCGGUGGUGGCGCGUAUACCGAUGGGUGUUUCGGGCACGAGGUUCUACGGGACUGCGUCAGAGGUUGCGACGAUGGAGUUUGUGAGAGUUGUGCUGGGGAUUCCUGUUCCGCGGGUGUAUGCGUGGGAUGCGUGUGAGAAUCCGGUUGGGGUGGAGUAUGUUAUUAUGGAGGAAGUGAGGGGGAGACAGUUGGCGAUUGAAUGGGAUGGUAUGAAGCCUGAUGGGAAGCUUAGUAUCAUGACGCAGAUGGUGGAUGUUGAGGCGAAGCUUGCUUCGUUGAGGUUUACUCAUUAUGGGAAUAUCUACUUCAGAGAUGCAGUGCAAGACGCAGUGCCAGCUGAGAUUGUCGGCGAUGUAUCCGAUGAGAUCAAGAAAAUGGUAUACGAAAGGUUCAGCAUCGGGCCAGUUGCCAAUCGAGAAUUCUGGAAUAAACAACGAUCAACGAUGGACAUCGAUCGUGGUCCUUGGACAAACCCCCUCGACUAUCUCCUAUCCAUCGCGAGAAAGGAAAUCGCAUGGAUAAAGCAAUACGCAACUCCCAAACAACCAGACGAUCCAAGCAUAAUAUGCCCAGCGCAGAAUGAUCCUUCUGCACACAUCAACCUCCUCGAGAAAUACAUACAAGUGGCACCUUCAUUACUCGACGUUGAAAAUAAAGACCUUACUCGUCCCACUCUCUGGCAUCCAAAUGCCCAUUCCCCAAACAUAUUCGUCGAAGGGGAUAACAUCACCGGUCUGAUCGACUGGCAGGGAGCAUGGGUAGGACCUUUAUUCCUCGAAGUUCGACCGUGGAAGGUAGCGGAUCACAACGGUGAAGUGCGCUUUGAACGACCCGAUGAUUUCGAUCAGCUGAAUGAGGAAAAACAAGCAGAGAUUAAGACGCAAAUCGCAAAAUCUACAUUGUGUAGAUUAUAUCUCAUGACGACGCAGGCGAAAACACCGGAUCUGGCUGAUGCGUUCGUGAUGGAUCAUGGCAAGACGCGACGAUAUCCGGUUCUUUUUGCUGGUGAUUCGUGGGAUGGUGAUAUUCUUAUGUUUCGAGAGUCGCUGAUUAAGAUCCAACGGUACUGGUAUGAACUCGGUGUUGACGGACCCUGUCCUAUCCAUUUCAGCGAGGAAGAGAUAGAAAACCACCUGAAAGAAGGCGAUGGAUUCAACGAGAUCCAAGAUCUCUUUCAAGCAUUGGAAAAAGUGGUGCAGCGAGACGGAUGGACAUUUCCGGAUACCUACGAUACUGCAGUGGAGUUAUUCGAAGAAUUCAAGCGGUUCGGAUAUGAAGAGGCAGACAAGGAGAAUGACAGAGACGAGUUUAAGAGAAUCCUGCGAUGGAUUGAAUUAGGCAGGUAGAUAUUGUAUAAUAAAUGACAUUCUCUCCUUAGACAGCCUUACCGGGAAUGAGCCUUGUAUAAUUGGCAGUUAGAUAGUAACCACCAACGGAAUAUUG